UGAGCAUAGGAAUGGCCGAAGAAAAUAACACGUUUAUAUUGAAUCGAUCUACAAAGUUGAUCAAAGUACAUCAUUUUGCAAAUUAUUAUUGUUCGUCAUGGGAGCUCCUCCUCCUAUUCGGAAGAACAGCUUUCAUGGCCAACAAUACAACUAUGCCUAACAAUCUAGUACAAUGUGGGAUAAGGGUCGCCAAACAAGCC